CCCGAGGGGGAACCUGAAACUCUCACAUUCCUGGCAUAGCAGCCGCCUCCAGCGCGGGCCGACCCUGGGGCUGCGCGCUGGAGCCCGACCGGCACAGAGCGUCGGCGCCACCGACUAGUGCGCACCUCCGCUGUGCAGCUGAGCGGAGUCGGGCUGGGACGUCUGUUCUGACCGCGGCGGGCACCAGCGGGUCUCAGCGGUGCUCUGGGGCCAGGUGCCUGCUGGCCAUUGUCUAGGCAGGUGUGUGCAAGCCAAAGAAACAUGAGGACGCUGGAAGAUUCCUCAGGGACAGUCCUGCACCGCCUCAUCCAGGAGCAGCUGCGCUACGGCAACCUGGCGGAGACACGCACACUGCUGGCCAUCCAACAGCAGGCCCUGCGGGGUGGGGCCGCAGCUGGGGGCUCCCUGGAGCUCUUGGCACCUGAGGACAAUCAGGGGCUCCAACAGGCCACUAGGCAAGAGCCCCAGGGCCAGGAGCACCAAGGUGGUGAGACCCACCUGGCAGAGAACACCUUCUACCGGCUGUGCUCACAGCCCAGCAAGGGCGAAGAGCUGCCCACCUAUGAGGAGGCCAAAGCCCACUCUCAGUACUAUGCUGCCCAGCAGGCGGGGUCUCGCCCGCAGGUCGGGGACCGGGAUCCUCGCGGGGCCCCAGGAGGCACCCGGCGGCAGGAUGAAGCUCUGCGGGAGCUGCGGCAUGGGCACGUGCGCUCCCUGAGUGAAAGGCUCCUGCAGCUGUCCCUGGAGAGAAACGGAGCCCGGGCCCCCAGCCACAUGAGCUCCUCCCACAGCUUCCCACAGCUGGCGCGCAGCCAACAGGGUCCCCCACCCAGGGGCUCCCCUGCUGAGGGCCCAGAGCCGCGUGGGCCCCCACCUCAGUACCCACAUGUUGUGCUGGCCCACGAGACCACUGCUGUCACUGACCCGAGGUAUCGCGCCCGCAACAGCCCACACUUUCAGCAUGCGGAAGUCAGGAUCCUGCAGGCCCAGGUACCUCCCGUGUUCCUCCAGCAGCAGCAACAGCAGUACCAGUACCUGCAGCAGCCCCAGGAGCACUCCCCGCCCCCACCCCCUCAUCCAGCCGCCCUUGGUCAUGGACCCUUGGGCUCUGCCAAUCCACCUGGGGUGGGAGGACCAGCGAGUGCCCAAGCCUCGUCACCCACCUCGGGCAGUGCCCACCUUGCCCAGAUGGAGGCCGUGCUGAGGGAGAAUGCCAGGUUACAGAGGGAUAAUGAGAGGCUGCAGAGGGAGCUGGAGAGCUCAGCAGAGAAGGCAGGCCGCAUUGAGAAGCUGGAGAGUGAGAUCCAGCAGCUCUCAGAGGCUCAUGAGAGUCUGACAAGGGCCUCUUCCAAGCGUGAGGCCCUGGAGAAGACCAUGAGGAACAAGAUGGAUAGUGAAAUGAGGCGGCUACAGGAUUUCAACCGCGAUCUUAGAGAGAGAUUGGAGUCUGCAAACCGCCGCCUGGCGAGCAAGACACAGGAGGCCCAAGCUGGCAGUCAGGACAUGGUGGCCAAGCUGCUUGCUCAGAGCUACGAGCAGCAACAGGAGCAAGAGAAGCUGGAGAGGGAGAUGGCGCUGCUGCGCGGUGCCAUCGAGGACCAGCGGCGGCGUGCGGAGCUGCUGGAACAGGCUCUGGGCAAUGCUCAGGGUCGUGCAGCGCGUGCUGAGGAGGAGCUGCGCAAGAAGCAGGCCUAUGUGGAGAAGGUGGAGCGGCUGCAGCAGGCGCUUGGGCAGCUGCAAGCGGCCUGCGAGAAGCGGGAGCAACUGGAACUACGUCUACGGACGCGCCUAGAGCAGGAACUCAAGGCCCUGCGCGCACAGCAGAGACAGACGGGCACCCACAGUAGUGGUGGCAGCAGUGGUGGUUCCCCAGAGCUCAGUGCCCUGCGACUCUCAGAACAGCUGCGAGAGAAGGAGGAACAGAUCCUGGCGCUGGAGGCCGACAUGACCAAGUGGGAGCAGAAGUAUUUGGAGGAACGUGCCAUGAGGCAGUUUGCCAUGGAUGCUGCCGCCACCGCAGCUGCCCAGCGGGACACUACUCUCAUCCGACACUCCCCCCAGCCCUCGCCCAGCAGUAGCUUCAAUGAGGGCCUGCUUGCAGGUGGCCACAGACAUCAGGAGAUGGAAAGCAGGUUAAAGGUGCUCCAUGCCCAGAUCCUGGAGAAAGAUGCAGUGAUAAAGGUCCUUCAGCAGCGGUCCAGGAAAGACCCUGGCAAGGCCCCCCAGGGCUCCCUGCGGCCCGCCAAGUCAGUGCCAUCUAUCUUUGUGGCUGCAGCAGCAGGGACCCAGGGCUGGCAAGGACUUUCAUCGAGUGAGCGGCAAGCAGAUGCCCCCACCCAGCUGACUAUAGACAGGGCACCGUCGGAGGAGACAGCAGCUGCAGCUCCUCUCCCUGCCCAUACCAAACAUGGGAGCAGAGAUGGGAGCACCCAGACGGAUGGCCUGCCAGACAGCACCUCUACCUGCCUGGCAGCAGAGCCCGAUGGCCUGCUAGGGUUCAGCAGUGGCCAAAAGGCAACCUCUCUGGACUCCAUAGCAACAUCCCGAGUCCAGGAUUUGUCGGACAUGGUGGAGAUACUGAUCUGAAGGAGGUGGGGCCUUGAGGACCCUCAACCUCGCCCUCUCCUCCCCUGCCCUUGGCCAUUCCAGCAGCUCCUUCUUCAACUGCUGCUUCCCCGCUUUCCCCAUCCAAUGACCAUCUGGUCCUGAGAGCUCAGGAAGGAGUGCUGUCUGCUUCUUAGUCCAUACUCCUUCCCUGCCCAUGAAGAAUAAGGAUCCACCCUCUGCCUGCUGCCCAGGGCUAGCAGUUGGGGUAGCAACUAAGAGCCCAGAAAGGAACUGAGCCCACUCUGACCUGCCACCUGCCACUUGGCACUCAGGCAGGGAAGGAGAGGGGAUGUGUUGGUUUUGGGGGCUGAUUGCCCAGGGUAGCCGCCCAUGGGCAUCAGUGGGGCUGGUUCAUGAAUCAAGCCAGCCAUGUUCUUUGGCUAAGUGUGGUCCCAGCCAACCUCGUCGGCUCUCCAGUUCUUCACUGUCAUCUUGGGAUCGCUGCACCUUGAGUCUUUGGGGGACUGUUGAGGAUGUGAGUCCUGUGGAAGCCACAGUCUCAUCCCUCCUCAGUUAAGAGUGGGUUGGGGCCAUCUGAGUGGCCUGGGAGACAGUUUCCAGUUUGUAAAUAAUUCCCUUUCUUGUGGAACAGAAAAUCGAGGCAUGCUGGUUCUGAUUUGUCUUCAGGGGUGGUGUCUGCUGCCACAGUUCCUGAAAACUUCUGACUGGCUUCCCGAUUGUUAUUCCUUCUCAAGUUCUUGGUCCAUGGAUUUUGAUGCUGGUUGUUUCAUGGGACAUUGGCUGCCUGUCCUUCCAUCUGGAGCCCUGUAUCAAAUGCCCAUGGGAUCCCCACCAUCAACCUGUUGAAAUGGCUCCACAACUCCCGUCCCUGGGACAUCCUGUCAGUUUGAUUAUAAAUUGAGCCAGAGGAAAUGAGCCACCACACAUAGACAACUGCCAUGCCACUUGUAGAUGAAGGUGGCCCCACCCAGCACCAGUUCUCUGAGGAAGCUGGAGUUAUCUUGUUCUCAUACUGUUGUCUGUUCUCACCUGGAGGGAUUGGGAGAGGAUGCUGUGCUGUUGAAGACUAGUCAGUGAGCUACAAGAUGUGACUUGACAUGGAGCCUCCAUCACAAAAUGGCGCCCACGAGGCUGGCUCCUCACGUGACCCAUGCGCAGCCCCCAGGCAGGGCCAGAUACUUUGAAACUAGAGUGAAACGUCCCGCAUGGCAGCCUGCAGCAGCAGAGAUUUUUGACUUUGGUCUUAAAAGUCCUCCAAUUCAGUUCAGUAGUGAUUGGUGGGUUUUAGCAGUUGUCUUUAUUGUUUUCAGUUCUUGAAUAUUUGUCUUUUUUUUUUUUUCCUUUCUUGUUUUUUAGUUCUGUAUGUGUUUGUUUCAUUUCCAUGUUCCCCAAGUUAUCUUUUUAAACAUUUGCAUUUGCUGGACAAUUGCAUAUUUUUUUAAUUCCCUAACCCCUGAAAAAUACAUUUGGUUCAUGUGCAUUGUUUACAAAGCAAAAAAAGAAAAAGAGGAAAAAAAAAACAACAACAAAAAUAUCAUGAAAGGAAAAAAAAAACAACUUAAUAUAUUUUGGAUUAAUAUUUGGUAUUUCUUUUAAAGUAUUUUUUGUGCUGUGAACAUUUUCUGCCAAAGACCGUGAUGUGUGUCUGUAUGUUUAAGUUAUCAUAAAUAUUUAAAUGUAAACAUAGCUGUUUUGUUAUGCCACCCUGUACCAGGAUUGCUGCUGCAUUCCACUGGGUGUAACAGUAUUUUAAUAAAAAAAUUUAUGAAGA